AUGGCUUCGACGCGCCAUCCGCCUCCGCUACGUAUAUACCAGGACCCUCCAGGCGCUUCACCACCAAAACCAACACAGCAACCAUCUCAGCCAGCCCAGAGCCACGGCGCAUCAAGACACAAGUCACAGCGUAAACAGCUGCAGCCGUCGCCUAUGCCCCUUCAGCCACUUGGGAACUCGGCCAGGAACAACCGCGAUCUCGUCUUGAACCCUCCCUCCUUGGACCCCUUCAGCAGUCAGUCUCCUAUCAAGCACCAGCGUCGCACGAGCGCCCACAUCGCGCACAACAAUAAGCUUGAAUACAUGCCCAUCUCCGCUCCGAAACCUGCCAGGUUUCCCACGGACUCGCCUGCUAAGAAGCUGCUGGACCAUGAACAGCACCCUCGGCACUCCUUGCCGCCUCCACCGUCACGCCUGCCACUGUUUACGACAUUCCCCAGUGCUCCUACCAAGCUGCCUGGGCCCACAGCCAGGCAGCACCAGCACCAGGAAAACUUCACCUCUCUACCCCCUCCACGUUUCUCUUCUUCUUCCUCUUCCUCUUCUGCCACUACUUCUUCUGCCUCGGGGAUGCGUGCUCCAGCCAAACGUCGACUCACCGUCGGCAGUGAUUCCCAGCGGGAGAUGCCUUCAUCAAAGAAAAUCAGGCGCGAGGAGCGCGAGAAAUCGGCACCCGUACCCACACGGCUGCCUGAACCGCAUGAGAUGCCUCCCGUGGAAGACGACGGUUCCAAGCCUCCGUACAGCUAUGCGAUUCUUAUAGGAAUGGCCAUUCUUCGAGCUACCAACCGCCGUCUUACCCUGGCUCAGAUCUACAAGUGGAUAUCAGACAAUUUCGCCUUCUAUCGUGCCGGAGACUUUGGAUGGCAGAACAGCAUCCGCCAUAACCUCAGUCUUCACAAGGCUUUUAUCAAGCAAGAACGUCCAAAGGAUGAUCCCGGCAAGGGCCACUACUGGAUCAUCGAACCCGGUAUGGAAGGCCAAUUCCUCAAAGAUAAGCCGUUUCGUAAAGGCCCUAUCAUGUCAACCAUUCCAGUCACUCAACAUCAACCCGCUCCGCUAAGCACGCCAAAGCAAGAGUUACCCCAAUCGAGCAAUCCAGCCGAGCAGGAGGCCCCUGCCCUUCCAUCAAAUGCCCAGGACCUCUCUUCUGAUGCCACUCUACCUGCCUCUGACCCUGCUCUUCAAGAAGACGACGUGAGUGACGAGCAGCCGGCACAGUCACUAGCUCAGACAGAGCAACAUUUCUCCUCACCGCUCCAGGCAAUGCGCUCAUCCCCACCAGUAGCUCCACGCAUCUUCCGCCGUCAGGCCACCCCUCCAACACCCUCCCGGCCCACUUCGGCCUCAGCCGGUGUUCCGCGUUUAAAGAGGCGCAAGCCUUCAAACAUGAAUGACAGCGGUUAUUAUUCCUCCCUCGAGUCGUCAGCUAUGCGACCUCGCGUUGCUGCUGGGCAUACUUUGACUUCGGAUCUAGAUAUUGAACCCCCACGCAUCAAACGAGGCCGUGCUGAAGAGGAGAUUGCUCGCAUCCGAAGCUCCUCACACGACAUCAGUCCCAUGCGCCUAGGGUCUCUUCGAGAUUCAGCACAAGCAGCCAUUGGCUCGUCGCCACUCAGAAAUGAAUAUAUUUCCAUCCAUGCUGCCCCUUUGACUCCGGCUGUCAAAUUCAAAAAGCCAGCCAAACCACCACCCUUUCUCUCACCCAACACCAAUCUCCAGAAUCACCGCCGCAAGAUCCAGCAGAUGGUCAACUCUCCAAUCAAGCGCCUUGGCUUGGGAGAGGACCUGCAGCAGCCAUGGAGCCCAGCAUUCAAUAUCCAUGAUGAAGUGUAUACCCCUAAUGACCACCUUCGCCUACCCUUUGAUCCAUUCUCAGACAACUACUUGGCCAACACGGGCACACCCACUUUUGGUUCGCCAGCAAAACGUUCCGUCAAGGGCGAUAGUCUUGGAACCGGCGUCCUUAACGAUAUCACCGCCCUCAGCGCCAACACACGCCUAAAAACACCAAUCGACAAGGCCAAGGCGUACAGGUUCCAAGAGUCUCCUUGCAAGCGCCUUGACUCGGGUCGCUACAAUGACGCGUCCAACGAUGAGUUAUUCUCCUUCAAUCUCUUCAGCGAGGAUUGUGCUGGCGAGGUUGAUGGUGUGGACCUUUUGCAGGGUUUUGAGAAAAUUGGACAGCAACCUUCAAAAGAAGAACGUUCUCCCAAGCAGUUUGUUGGGAAAGGCCCACGCUCUAGUCAUGGAUCCAAGGGUGGUAUUCGGUUUUAA